CCUGCUUUUCCUCCUUCUGGGUCCGCUGCUUAAUUGGGAGCGAGGGAGGGCUGGGGAAGCUGCCAAGCGCGGGAGGGCUCGGGAGCGUGCGGCUCCGCACCGGCCGGGGCAGCGCCAGCCCCGGGGCCCCGCACACGUGCACCCGGCCUCGCUCUGCCCGCCUGUGAAAUGGGCACAAGGAGGAAAGCGAGCUGGGGGGGAUGCCGGGGGGAACGGGGCCGUCGCCGGCCCUUUGGGGGCUCGGUCCCCUUCCUCCCCGCGGUGCGUGGGAUGGGAGCAGCGUCGGGCUGGGGACUGCGACACGCCCAGGUAAGUCCUUUGCCAUCCGGGCACGGGUGUAGCUGCAGGAGGGUAAAUAAAGCGAUUAUUGUAUUACCUGGGACCUGCGGCAAUGCGGAGGCUCUUACAAGUGCGGACAGCUUCGGUGCUUGUCAGAGCCCGGGGACUUUGCUCGGCAGCAGCCCCGGGGCACCACGUGGGACCUGGUCCUCGGGGCGCAGGUUGGAGCCUGGUGGGGACCCCUGGGGCACCCUGUCCCCGGGGAGCUGGGGACGGGUGACACCGAGCACAGUGCCAGGGCUGGGGACACCCAUCCCGGACGGCACCCAGCUUGGCUUGUCCUCCCGGCACAGGGGACACCCGCUUUGGGGGUGCCGAGGGGGCCGCAGCACCCCGCUGUCACCCGACUGGGGUGACCCAGAGGCUCAAGCGCUCGCCUGUUCCUCGUCCAGGGGUUUCCUGGCCGACGGCUCCGGCAGCUGCGCGGCCACUCCCCGCCACGGCUGCGCCCACUUCGCAGACGGGGAAACUGAGGCAGCGCGGGGGCCGGGGGGGCCGGAGGCCGGCCCCGAGGCAGGUUUCCUUGCGGGAGCCCCUGCUGAGUCAGCCGGGGCCGGGGUGGGGCCUCGCUCCAGCAGCAGCGGAGGAUAACGGGGAGGAAAUCACUUUGCAUAUUUGAUUAAACCCCACAGGUCGUCACCGGGGCCGGUUGCGAAAUGUGGGAAUGCCACGGGGCGCCCCGCGGGGACGGGAGGCGGGGGAGCCCCGGCCGGGGGGCAGGCGUCGUGCCCUUCGUGGCCCUGCUCCUGCUGCAGCGGAGGCCGGUGGCCGGCCGGGCGCUGCUGGUGAACGGCCCCGGCUGCCCCGGGAACAGCCUGUGCCGCGCCAACGUCCACGAGCAGACCCGCAAGCAGGUCGCGCUGCUCAACGCCACCGCCCAGGACCUCUUCAGCCUCUACCUGAAGUGCCAGGGCGAGCCGUUCAGCAGCGAGAGCGACAAGCUCUGCAACUCCAGCGGCAUCUUCUUCCCGGCCUUCCACGUCAACCGGACGAGCGAGAAGAAGGAGGUGAUGGUGGCCAUGUACAAGCUCUUCGCCUUCCUCAACGCCUCGCUGGGGAACAUCACGCGCGACCAGGAGGAGCUCAACCCCACCGCCAAGGAGCUCCUCGACCGGCUCCACAACACCACCAAAACCACGCGGGGCCUCAUCUCCAACCUCACCUGCCUCCUCUGCAAGAACUACAACGUCUUCCAGGUGGACGUGAGCUACGGGGAGAGCAGCAAGGGCAAGAGCAUCUUCAAGAAGAAGCAGCAGGGCUGCCAGGUGCUCAGGAAGUACGUGCAGGUCAUCGCCCAGGCGGCUCGCAUCCUGCUACCUCAUCUCAGCCCCGCGUGAGCCCCAGACCCGGCUCCUCUCUUCCCCGCGAAGCUGAGGACAGCGGAGGACACCUCCCCGCGCUGCCUUGUGCCCAUUUCACAGCACGGCAGAGCAAGCCCCCCAGAACUGCCUCCUCCUCACCUCUCGCCUUCCUAUUUAUUACCUCCUGCUGAUGCUGUGCUGGCCCCGGCCCCCUCUGUGCUUUAAUUUAUUUGCCCCUUUGCGGCGGCGCUUCCCGCAAAGCAGAGCCGCAGACCCUCCCGUCCACCCGAGGGCUGCAGGAGGCUGCAGGCACUGCAUGGGGCCCGGGACCGGACUCUGUCCCCUGCGCCCCGGUGUCCCCUGCGCCCCGGUGUCCCCUCCGCAGCACCACGGGGAAACGGGGCGUUCAGCCCCUUGGCUUGCAGCACCCAGCAAAUUUUCCGAAAAACGAAGAAAAAGCAACUCUGUUCUGCCAGCUGGCCUCUGGGGCCCACUGAAAGCCCCCGCUUCCAUGGAGAAAGGCAUCGGGGUCCGGGAGUGCGGGGCUCGCACCCCCUGCAGCUGUCAGGGCCAUGGGGAUGUGCUCCCACUGCACGUUUUGGGGACGGAUCCCCCCGAAAUGGGGCCAAACUGGGGGGCACCGCGGUGGCCAGGGCUGGGUCCUGCCACCUGGGACGAGGCCACCCGCUGGGGACAGAGCUGGUGGCCACGACACCAGGGAGCAUCCCACUGCUUCGGGAUAGCACUGCUCUCAUGGAAAGGGCUUCGAGCGCCUCUGAAUGUAUUGACGGCCCGGCCCGGGGCUGGGUUUUGCACGGAAGGGGUUUGGGGGCUGGUGUGGGGACGCAGGGACAGACCCUGGGGCCGGGCUGCCGAGGAUAUUUAUUGGCACGGUGGAAAGCCUCGCGUGCGCCGAGCGCUCGGACCUGAGUUUUAAUAAUGUUAAUAAUAAUAAUAAUAAUUAAUAAGAUUUGUGGUAAUAUAUAUAUAUAGAAUUUUAUUUAAAUAUUUAUUUUUUUAUACUUUAUCCUUUUCUUUUUUAAA